GCGCAGGCGCGAGCGUGUGGGUCUCGCCGCGCGCGGCGCUCGGUUGGAGCGGGAGUGAGUGAGUUCCUGGGCGCGGAGACCCGGCAGCCGGCGGCCGCCCCCGGCGCCAUGGCAGCCCUGCGCUACGCGGGUCUGGACGACACGGACAGCGAGGACGAGCUGCCCCCGGGCUGGGAGCAGAGAACCACCAAGGACGGCUGGGUUUACUAUGCCAAUCACGCUGAGGAGAAGACCCAGUGGGAACAUCCAAAAACUGGAAAAAGAAAACGAAUAGCAGGAGAUUUGCCCUAUGGAUGGGAACAAGAAACUGAUGAGAAUGGACAAGUUUUUUUUGUUGACCAUAUAAAUAAAAGAACCACCUAUUUGGACCCAAGACUGGCAUUUACGGUGGAUGAUAACCCUACAAAGCCCACCAGCAGGCAGAGGUAUGAUGGUGGCACCACCGCCAUGGAGAUCCUCCAGGGCCGGGACUUCACUGGCAAAGUGGUUGUGGUCACCGGAGCUAAUUCAGGAAUAGGGUUUGAAACUGCCAAGUCUUUUGCCCUCCAUGGUGCACAUGUGAUCCUCGCCUGUAGGAAUAUGACAAGGGCCAAUGAAGCUGUGUCACAGAUUUUAGGAGAAUGGCACAAAGCCAAGGUAGAAGCAAUGACCCUGGACCUCGCUCUGCUCCGUAGUGUGCAGCAUUUUGCUCAAGCGUUCAAGGCCAAGAAUGUAUCUCUUCAUGUGCUUGUGUGCAAUGCAGCGGCUUUUGCCCUACCCUGGAGCCUCACAAAAGAUGGCCUGGAGACCACCUUCCAGGUGAAUCACCUGGGGCACUUCUACCUUGUCCAGCUCCUUCAGGAUGUCUUGUGCCGCUCAGCUCCUGCCCGAGUAGUUGUGGUCUCCUCCGAGUCCCAUAGAUUCACAGAUAUUAAUGAUUCCUCGGGAAAACUGGACUUCAGCCGCCUUUCUCCAUCUAAAAGUGACUAUUGGGCCAUGCUGGCUUACAACCGGUCCAAACUCUGCAAUAUUCUCUUCUCCAACGAGCUCCACCGCCGCCUGUCACCUCGUGGGGUCACAUCGAAUGCCGUGCAUCCUGGAAACAUGAUGUACUCCUCCAUUCAUCGCAACUGGUGGGUGUACACGCUGCUGUUUACCUUGGCCCGGCCAUUCACCAAAUCCAUGCAACAAGGAGCUGCCACCACCGUCUACUGCGCUGCGGCUCCGGAGCUUGAGGGCCUGGGAGGGAUGUACUUCAACAACUGCUGCCGCUGCAUGCCGUCCGCCGAGGCUCAGAGCGAAGAGACGGCCCGGGCCCUGUGGGCGCUCAGCGAGAGGCUGAUCCAGGAAGGGCUUGGCGGCCAGUCGGGCUAAGGGGAGCUCCGGUGAGCAUCCGCGCACACCCACCCCGCUGCCAACGCUGGCCCCCCGCCAACCUCUUAUCCGGGGGCUUUCCACGUCCCCCUCCACCCCCCCUUGACUCAGAUCCGCCAGAGCAAAGGAAAUAAGAGUAGUCACAACAUAGUGAAAAAAUGUCAAGUACCCACGGGAAGCAGGGAAUUGCAGGGCCAAGCGGACAAUCUCUCUUCUCUGGGGCUGGGUGAGGCUGGCAAGUCUCUUUGCUUUCCUGUCGGGGGCCUGUUUAGGUGGUGUGCAGGUUCCUUGUCUCACUGGGGAAGCCCAAGCAAUUCUGCAGCACUGUUUCAAAAAGCCAGGUGUCCUCCCCCCACCCCCCGGCCACCCCCACAAGCACAGCCUGCCGUGGCCACACUGUAAUCAGGAGCUGGCCUUCGUCUGUGCAGGGAAGAAGAGGCGAGUGUCCAUCCUGUCAUUCACCCUGACCAAGUCUGAGUGGGCAUGGCAGUGACCAGGGGAGAGAGCUCUCAGACCCCUGAUCCAGCCAGCCAAGAGGGAGGUGACACUUAGAAAUGGGUGGAAUACACAGAGCGGGUGGGUCGCCAGAGGGCUGGCCCACCGACCCCCUCGCCAAAGCUGCACAAAAAAAAAUUCUUCAGAGAGGAUAGCAAACGAAUUUUGCAAAUCAUUCCCUAGAUACCUUGGCAGGCAAGAAAGGAAGCAUUGCAUCCAUGAGCAUAUACAGGAUAUUUGGGGGGCAGAGGAUAAAAAGUUGUUCUGUUCACUCUACAUUUACAGUUUCCAGAGGCAUCCCGACCGUGGAGGCUCAGUGCCUCCCCGUCACCCUGCUCGAGCGUUCCGCUUCCACUUCCUCUCCUCCCGUCCAACGCUUAAUAAAAGAACAUGCUUGAAUAUGA